AUGUCUCAUACUACCAAAGAAUACCUCCCUGUUGUCUUCACUGAUCUCUAAAUCUCUACCAAAAUUCAACUCGACGACUUCUACAUCGAAGAAAGACUCCCCAUCCUCAAAUAAUCACACCAUUCAACAUCUCAACCCAAAAUAUCCAAAGUCACCUCUCCCUCCAAAACCCAACUAGAAAUACUCAACUACCAAAAGAACAUCAAAAAGAUCGUAUUCCCCAACAUACUUCAGAGAACUAAAGAAGACAUCAAAAAGUAUCGAAAACAUCAACUCUCCUUGAUCAGUGAUGAAAUCUCAAAUUCCUAGCCAAUUAUUGAAUUAGAUCACAAAAAAGUAACCAAAACCAAUAGCAAAUCUCCUCUUAAAUUCCAUUCUUAAUAACCAAGUUAUAUAAGCAAUUAGCCGAUUAGAACAGAUCUCUCCUCUUUAAUAUUCGAUAAUAAUUUCGAACCCUAUUCGAAUGAUUCUAUUCUAAAGUUUCAUAAACUUAGUCCAACAUUCAAUGAAAACUCUUGGUAAAAAGUCGAUAAAGUCAACAGAAUCAAUUUAGCUCACGAAGUCUAAAAAGAAAUUCAUCAUUUAGAGAGAUUCAAUACCUAUUGGAAACCAGAUAUGAUUAACUAGUAUCUGCAAUUGAAAAUUGUGUAAAAGGGAGUCAACUUUAAAAGAGGGAACAAAAGAAUAUUUAUAUUAAUGUACCUGCCUCAUCAAACUCUUGUUUUAAAAAGCUCAUAGGUAGAAGUCAAAAAUAGGUAUACUACUUAUAAACUAUCUUAUAGUUCAGUUUCAUUAUAACUAAAUGCUUUGGUUUAUUUCACACCUAUUUAUGAUAAAAUCAGUAAUAUGAGCGAAUUGGCAGAUAACUACAACACUUGGACUAAGCACUUCUUAGAUUUACUACAUUACAAACAGCAUAUCAAUACUGUAAAGUUCUUUUUCUUAGAUGGUAAAGAACUCUAAACUUUAAAUCAAAUACCCUCUUAUGAGAAAUUCGUCUAUUGCAAUCUACACGGAGAUUUCGAUCUUUGGAGUAGAGUUGGAUAAACCUUAAAUCUUGGAGGUUCAUUCUAAUUAGACAAAUACGUGAAAUUAGCAACCAAGAUGGUGGACUUAAGAUCAAAGGAUGAUAUUGUCAAGUUCUUUGGCAAAAGAGAUAACUUUCUUCCUUUUUAUUCCAUGGCCUAUAAUCAAACUGAUGAGGGUGUAAAGUCUCCUCUUUUACAAUCUAUUGAAAUAAUUCAGCAAGAUGGAGAUGACGAAUAAUUAAAUGAUGAAGUUAUUGAUCAGUCUAUAUUUCAAAUGAAUAAGAAUUAACAAAAAACUUAUCUCAAAACAAUAUAGUAUUUUAUUCAAUAGAACAAAACUAAGUAUUCAGUGCAUUUGGCAAAUUAAGAAGCUGGAAUGAGACAGAGAAAAGAGAAUAUCAAAGGCAUUAGAAGGAAAUCAAUUGAAAUUAAAUUAAAAGGAUAAAAGUAAAUAUUGGAUCCUAAUGAAGAAGCUCACAUUGAGAGGAAAUUGUUGCACUAGGGCACUCAAUCAAUCGAAGAAAUUAAGGAAGACGCUGUUGAUAAAGUUGAAGUGUUUAAGAACGCAAUUUAUAAAAAGUUACCCAAGAAGAUCGAAUUAACAAAUGAUCCAUUUUCGAGUUUCUCUUCAAAGGAUAAUAAGAAAUUUAAAGAAAUUAUGAAGUUGAUUAAUAUUGAAUAAAUAGUAUUAGAAAAAAAAGUGAGCAGACAAGAUGUUAUGCAUUACCUAUCUUUAUUCAAGGCCCUUAUGGAUUCAGAUAAUCAGAACUAUUUCACAAUCGCUCAAUUAGAUUACCCUUCCUUAUACAUUUCGAGAGAACAAUUACAAAAAAGUCUGCCCUACAUAGUCUUAUACAAAAACCAAUUGAACACUGCCAAGUUGAAUGAAAUCUACGAGAGACAGUACAACUACGUUGAGUUCUUAGAAUUCUUAGACAUUUUCACUACUGAGUACAUAGUCUCUGAUAAAGAGUUGGAGAGAUUGAAGAACUAGAAAUAAGAUCCAUAUUGA